AUGGCACUCUCAUGGGGAACAAUCAAGUCCCUGCUUCUCUUCUUUGGGCCCAUCCUCCUCCCAAAAGCAAUAGCAUACUACCGCUCAGCCAAAGCCUCACCUGCAGUGCACGGCGUUUCUAUCCGGCCCAUUCCCCCCUUGGUCUCACGAGCCCUCCUAAUACUCUUCGUCGUCGCCUGCGCCUUCUUCAUACGAACCCUACCUUUCUACUCGCCCGAAAACAUCUUCUCCGUAACCUCCUCACGCCUGCAAAUCCCCGUCGACGUGCUCUUCACGCGGCUGUCCGCUCUACGGCAAGGAGGCCUCACAAACUCUGACAAUAUCUUGCGCACGAAAAUCAGCUCCCUCGACUCACGCCUACUCUUCUUCCAACACGGCCCGGACAUAAUAACCAACUGCCAGUUCUGCAGCGCCGAAGACCCAAAGUCCUACCUCUACUACUCCAUCCCCAGCAUCCUCGCCCCACACCUCUUCAACCUAUGCGUCCUCGCGCUCGUCACUUCCGGGCUGUUUGCCGGCAAGGAAGGCGCAAUAUGGCGCUACACUGCCACGAUAGCCGCUGCCGCUGCCGUGGUCAUAGAUCUCUAUCUCGUGAGCUCUUAUGACCAGGCUGCGAACGCUAAAGCCACGAGAUUGGAAGACAUUGAUACGUUUUUCUGGCGGAUGCGCGUGUAUCGCUUGUUGGGCCUAGCAGCCAUCGACGGGCUUCUGGGCUGGGUGCUCUACCUCUCUUCCACAAACCGAGCGUUUAUCAAGCCGCCCACUACGCAGGAGCGGGUAGAAGCUUCUACCAAAGUGUUGGAGAGCGUGAGGAGUCGGCUGGGCACGAUGGCUGUGUUGAAGAAUACGAUUUAUAGGAAUAGUGAGCUUAGGGCAAAUAACAACGAGUACUGGGUCCGGGAGGGCAAGAUUAUGGGCGAGGUGAUGGAGGAUAGGGAUGUGGUUCAGGGAGUGAAUAAUGCGCUUGGGAAUAGGAUUGAUAUCAACAGUAUUGCGAGGGAUGCGGAGGCUUUCGCGCAGUCGAUAGGGCCUUCGCAACUUCAGAUGCCAAAUGGGAAUAUAUAG